UAGAAAAAAAAAGAUUGCAGGUCAGACAGCGCCUGACUGGGCACAGAUUACGAGAGGUGAGGGAAUGGGGAGUGUCAGGGAGCUGACAAGCCUGACAGGACUGUUAGAUGUACCGGAAUAUACCGACAGGUGCUUUACGACGACGUAUUUGAAAGAAUCAACAAAAUAAACAUAGAAGAAAAAUAACAGGGUAUCGAGUGACACGACGGAGUUAAUGCGUCGGAAGCUCCGAAAGUUGCCGGAUAUCUUAGAGCGACUUGCCACAUCUGCAGCUGCUGCGCCUGCUCACAUGAACUAGUGCUCUCGCCGCUACCUUGUCGCUUCCCUUCUUGGAUAUGGAGAGGUCUAGUAUGGGUUACGAAUCGACGGUAACGAAGCUAUAUUUACAGACUGUGACAUCGGACUUGCAUAACUCAGGCAUUCGGUACCCUGGAUAAUUAAAAGACCUCCUCACAGUAAUGUUGCAUACAUUUGAAGCAAGCCUCGUCGUUCUAAGUUUCUUUGUUUCGCUGUCUUUGGAUGCCUUUUUGAAUGUGCAGUCCCUUUUAGUUUUGUUUACAUGCAUGCACGCGCUCGCGAGCGCGCCCCUCGAUACUGCUCUCAGACCAACGUUUCUAGCAGUCUGCACCAUGGUAUUACCUUCUCAAUUUAAUAUUAAUCACAUACUUAUCUGGAGAAGGAAUCAUUGAUGUCUUACUUGAUUACAAGUCCGAAAUCAGUCGGCCGGACCUUUUGGGGAAAACGCUUUCUCACCCUAUGAAUGAUGUGGAUUCCUGGAGGGGCAGCCCUGCAGCUUUUGGGGAAAGUGUUGAAACACGUAGCAUCUAAAGGUCAUCAGCAACUUCAUCGCUGGUUGCAGCGACCCACCCAUGAAAUAGACGACAGCAGCACUAUGGACGCGGCAGUGGGCAGCAUGUACGACGAGAGAUGCCUCAAGUUAGAGACGAGUAGCGAAGCGAGCGAUUCCAGUGCAUCUUUUCUCUGGGAUCUCAAACACCCAUGCUGCGUGACCACUUGUUGUUACAAAAGCGCUUUGUUGGCCUGCAUUUUGGUGACUGUCUGCUUUUCUUCUGUGGCAUUGGUACGACAGUAUCUGAAGGAUUUACUUCUAUGGCUGGAGAGUCUGGACAGUUUGGUAGGAGCGUUGCUCUUCAUCGUCGGCCUCAUCAUCGUCUCCUUUCCUUGCGGCUGGGGCUACAUUCUGCUCAACGUGGCCGCAGGCUACUUGUAUGGUUUUGUUUUGGGGAUGGGGCUGGUAAUGGUGGGUGUUCUGAUAGGCACCUUCAUCGCACACGUGGUGUGUAAGAGACUCCUGACCGAGUGGGUCUUAGCAAAGAUUGAGAGUAACGAACAACUGAGCGCCGUAAUCCGCGUAGUGGAAGGAGGGAGCGGACUGAAAAUCGUUGCCUUAGCAAGACUUACGCCAAUACCCUUCGGACUCCAAAAUGCUGUGUUUUCGAUCACAGAUGUGUCUUUGCCUAACUACCUUAUGGCUUCAUCCGUUGGACUUCUUCCAACUCAACUGUUAAAUUCCUAUCUUGGGACUACUUUGAGAACAAUGGAGGAUGUAAUUGCAGAGCAAAGCAUCAGUGGUUAUUUCAUUUUUAGUUUCCAGAUAAUCAUCAGUAUAGGACUGAUGUUUUAUGUUGUCCACCGAGCUCAAGUUGAACUGAAUGCUGCUAUUGUAGCUUGUCAGAUGGAGUUAAAAACAUCCUAUAUGAAUGGUAAUGCACCAGAUCUCCAUGGCUCAUCAUUUUGCAGUAAACGGACUUCAGCAGGAGGAAUAAAUAUAGUUUAACCCUAUUACAAUAUGCUGUUGUAAUGCUGCAUUUCUGUAUUCUAUGGUUUAGAUGUUUUUCCAUUAUGGCUAUAUUAAAUGAAUAAACAAAAGGGCAUUAAAAGUGCAGUUAAACUUGAUGAUUUACAUUAUAGAAAAUACUUAAUUAUUGCCAAACAGUUUGCUUAAGUAUGGUACUUACUCAGAUUGCAAAUGUCAUUUUUUGUGCACUUAUUUAUCAUAGUUCUCAAUGGCAACAAACCUAGUGGCAAUAAAGGCAGAGCAGGAUUAUUAUCAUUGUUGCAGCAAAGAUAUGUUUGUCUAAUAGUUUACAAUUUAUUUAUGACUCAUACCAUUUUUUUUAGCUUUACAUUUUUAGAAAGCCCUGCAUGUAAAAUUUUCAACUUUGUUCUCUGCCACAUUAGGAGUUGUUUGUGUCACUAUGCAUGUUGCUGUAUUUGCACAAUCAAGGUACAGAGAAAUAAAAAUAUUUUUCAAGAGGCAUCAGAAUUUGUGAGAGGUAAAUAGACUCUAUGCUCUCAAUGGAUGACAGAAUGCUUUGAACACAGUGACACUUGUAUGAAGUUUACAGAUGAUUAUCGUUUCUUUGAGAUUUUCUUUUUACAUUAUUUAUUUUCAGGUUUACAUACUGAUGAAAAUAUGUGCUCUCUUCCGAGUACAAGAAAAAAGGUGUUCCUUUCUGAAAGGUGUACAGUUUCUGAGAUAUAAUUAUGUACCAGAUUAAACGUAUAAUUAGUCCAGCAACUGAUUCAGGGUGAAUCCAGAAAAUAAUCAUUUUAGCAACUGUAUGUGCCUUUACAAAUCAUUUAUUAAUACCCAUUCUAUUUUGUUUGGAUUAAAAACAUUUAAAUUCUUUUGCUUGUGCAAUACAACUAUAGUAAAUCAACAGUUAAUUUAAUGCAAGAUUCACUAAUUUAUCUUAUAGAGUAUGUUCUGAUACAAUGUGGCAUAAAACCAGAACCUAGUCACUUUUUAGUCUCCAGUUGCAGGUGGCUCAGUUUGUUGCUGGAGUAAACAAUAGCCUGUUGUACAUUUAAUAUAAUACUUCAUGGGUCUCCAUUUAUCACUGUUGUGGUGUGUAUCUGUUCUGCUUCGAUCACUAUGCUAUGGAAAAUAAGUGAAAAAUGUUGUUUUUUUUUCCAGCAAUUAAGUAAAUUUCUUUGUGAUUAGGGACAUUGACCAUGUUUAAAACACAAGCUAUAAUUCAAGGAAUCUUUUGCAUUAUGUUUUCUCAUUGUGUUGAAAAUAAGACUUCAUGUUAAAAUAAAAAAAAAAAUUGUAAUUAUUGUACAGUUUGCUGCUUGUUGUCACUUGUUUAAGAUGCUGAUGGUGAGAAAAAAUUGUGCUGGAUUGCCUUAAUAUUCCCUUUUAAAUGUGUAAGUUUUUAUACUGCAUAAAACUUGAUUCCCAGAAUUAAUUUGUAACAAGCAACCCAAGACUGGAUUUAUCAAGAAAAGUCUAAUAUACAGUAUUUGCAUCAAUACUAUUUUUGAACGUACACUAUCACACACUAACUAAAAGUUUGAACAUUUACAUGAAAUUAUAAACUUUGGUUAGCAUUCUGUUAAAUUAGUUUUCAUUACUUUAUUUUUUUGGUGAGAUAAUUGCUUGUACUGUUUUGUGCAACCUGCUGCUUAUUGAAGAGUUGGUAAAAUGUGUACUUUUCAAAUCUGUAAUGCUGCCUAAGAAAAAGAACAAGUUAAGAUGAGAUCAGUAGCAUUUUAUUCUGUUGAGGUGAGCUUGUGUUCUCAGUGUAUAUUUUGUGACAGAGAGUCGGCAAAUGUAAGGAAAAUUUUGGCAAAAGUGCACACAAUAUCCAUAACUACUUAAUGAAAUUCAUAGCAUGUAGUUAAGCGACAUUUCUUUCAAAUUGAGUUUUGACAAAAUUUUUCCAAUAGGUGCUUAUUGUUUAAAAAAAAAAAAAAAAAGUCUCCUGAUAUUUGGCAAUUGGUUACUAUCAGAUUUAUUUUAGCAAGAAAAUUUCAGCAAAGAUAGUUGCCUCAGUUUUUUUUCCACAUAACAUGGAAGAGAAUAUUUUUUAAUUCAUAUUGUUUAAUCUUUUUAUUUUAUAUAGCACAAGUCUUACCAUAAAUUGGCACAAUGUUCUAUAUAGAACACAAAAUACUACUGCAUCAGACUGAAAACCCACAAGAGUUCCUAAUGUUUUAUGAAAUUUAUUGACAUCUCCUCAGAAUCCAUCAGUGUGUAUUGCUAGAACCAUAUCAAGAGUAUGUGGUGUUUAUUUGAAAAAGUUUACCUGGCCUACAUUUUUUAUAAUAAUGUUUCAGUUGAAACCCAUUCCAUCCAUCCAUUUAAAGAACUUGGUUAAUUGAAUUUUAGGGUUACAGGAAGCUGUUGCCUAUCCUGGCAGCAUCAGGUGUAAGAAAGGAAAAAUAUCCCAGAUGGGGUGGCAACCCAUCACACGACACACCGGUGCUUACAAUUUCCUCCAUUUCCAGCUAAGCAAUUUAGAUUCCCUGGUUACCGUAAUACACUUUUCAUUGGGUUGCAUGCAGAUUAAAGGGGUGCAAUUAAAACGCACACAAACAAUAUCCACGUGCCUUGAGCUGUCAGACAGGACUGGUGACACUGCACUGUUGCACUGCUGUGAAAAUAUUUUGCUGUGCUGUCAGAUACAUUCUUUAGAAAAUAGAUUCAAUUCUUAUAAACAUCACUUUGGUUUGUUUUAUGUUUAUUUAAUAUUUUAGAAUUGUGGUCUAAUGGUAGGGUUGAGCAAAAAAUGAAAAAAAAAAAACAUCUUUAAGUGAACAUGAGAGGCUGGAGUUGGUACUAACUAAUAAGUAAACUCUGCUUGUUAAGUACUGCCGUAUAAAUCUGUUCCUUCUCAGUAUGCAUUGGGAACUUAAUGUACUGUACACAUCACUAUGACAUAUGCUUUCAUUUUUGCUUUGUAGCUUGAUUUACUGGGAUAAAGUUCUGCUUCCUCUGCCACUGAAUUGGAUUCAUAAAAUGGAUUGCUGGAUGAAUGGGGCAUAUGUCUAAUAUUUAUGUAUACUAUCGCUUGCAUUUCUUUAGUCUAAAUAAUAUUUUUGUUAUGGAUGAUAAAGUGUAGCCAGAGGACCAAAAAUAAACCUUAAAUUAAUAUGAAAUACACCUUCCCAUACAUUUCAUCAGAAAUUUAUUAAUGGUCUUAUUAAAAUAAAAGGAGUUGAUGUUGUCCGUUUCAUUUUUUGUUUAUCAAAUAUAGAUGGAAGGAUUGUAGAAUUCUGUUCCUGAAGCAGAGGAUGUUUUAAAAUAUCGUAUUUAAUUAGGGGUUUCAUUGUAAAUGAUUUUUUUUUUUGCACUUCUCAAGAAGCCCUGGUUUGUUUAAUUGGAGUCUGCAUAUUUUCCUUGGGUUGAUGUGGGCUUUUUCUUCUUGCCAUUAGGUUUCUUGAUAACUCAGGGUUGCCUUCUACUUGAUACAGCCUGGAUGGGCUUCAGCUUCCCAAGACCAUGUGCUGGAAAAACUAGCUUAAAAAAAAACAAACAAAAAAUGGGCAAAAGUGGAAAUGAACAACUUCUAGCUAGACCCUAUAUAAAACAAAUGAUACAACAACAUAGAAAGGGUUAGUGUAAAUAGUACAUUUGUACAUUUUGACAGCUACAUAAAUGUUUUUAAAUCAAUUCAUGUACUACGUUUUUCUGAAAAACAAUUUGCGCCUUAAGAAUGUUAGUUACUUUUGUAUCCAUUUUGUUUGCAACUGACACAUUUAAUAAAAUUAUUUUCCAUCCAUCCAUCCAUUUUCCAACCCGCUGAAUCCGAACACAGGGUCACGGGGGGGUCUGCUGGAGCCAAUCCCAGCCAACACAGGGCACAAGGCAGGAACCAAUCCCGGGCAGGGUGCCAUCCCACUAAAAUUAUUUUGCAUUAUUUUAUUUUAUUUUUUGCUUUUAAAGUUAUGAUUUAGCAUGCCACUAUUUGAUUAGGUACAGUAUAGUACUGCAUUGCAAAAAGCUUCUGUAAAUAAACAAUAAUUAGCAAAGUAUAUGUUUAAUAUCUCUGUUACUCAGUUUUAGGCAUUCUCCUAAAAUGUAAAAUAAAUUCUUGUAAGCUGUAUAGAAUUAAACCUUAAUGCAGAAUUGUGCUGUUUAAUAUAUCUAUUCAGACGAUGAGGUAAAAGUAUUUUACUAUUGAAAUCCUUGUUGAAAAUAUUGCUUUUUUGUCAUUAUUAUAUUGUAAAUAUAUAUUUUUCUUUUUGUGAUAAAUACGCAUAUUCAUUUUAAAUCAUUACAUUCUCAAUUGUAGCAAUAACAUUGGAUAUUACUAUAAACUGACUUUUCUUUUGUAAAUUUAGUGUGGAAUGGUAUAUUCUUGAAAUUUAAUGCCAUCUAAUGGCUUAGCAUCUCUUGAUAUGCAUAAAUGUUUUUGAUGUUGCAUUUUUUUAAGGUUAAUUGAAAUGGAAAAAAGUAAAUGUUGUGUACCCAAGCAGCACUCGUGUUCACCGCCUGCACUGUACAUUUUUGUUGGGGGCAGAAUUCUUGUACAGAACUUGCAAAUUCCUUUUAAGUUUUUACAAGCUUUUUGUUUACACUACCAUU